AUGAACAUUACGCAGUACAAAUUUUUAGUAUACUCUACCUUUGGACUUAUUUCUUUCAUAACUGGAUUGCUAGUUCUUAUUGCUUAUGCAAAAAUUAAAGGAUUGAGAAAACACCCAGGGAUGAUUAUUUUCUGACAGUGCUUCAUGCAGCAUGUGAUUGACUUGCAAAUUACCUAUAGCGCUGUCCAUUAUUGAAUAACCGGAGAAAGCCUCUCAGACUUUACUUGCGAAAUAGCAGGGAUGUUUACUAUCUGCUGUUUUUUUAUAAGCUGAAAUUAUAGCUUGAGUCUCAGCAUUGAGGUGCUUUUGACAAUAAAUAGUCCUACAAAUAGGAAUUACAAAAAAAGAUCGCCACUGUAUCAUAUCACAAGCUGUUUUUUUGGAUUUUUAAUAGUCCUCCUUGUAGGGAUUUCAAGUUCAGCAGGAAAAUCUGCAAAUGAAGCCUGCUUUAUAAAAUCAGGUACCUGAGCGGCGUAAUUUCUAUAUAGGAAGCUGAUGUUUAUCCCCUUUAUAAUUUAUUAUCCUUUUAGCAUUCUAGGAGUUGUUUUUUCUUUUAUUUACAUUAGACAGUCUCGAUCAGAAACCUUGAAAACUCUUCUUGGGAAACAUGCACUGUUUUUACAAGUUUACUGUUUAUUUUGGAUUCCUAUGAGUUUAAGCACGAUAAUUCAAGAUGACCAAGGCGUCACAGCACCUUGGCUAAGCUACAUUUCGCUGACAUUUUCAAGCAUUUCUGGCUUAGCAAUAAACUCAGUAAGACUUUCAGACCCAGCUUUUGUCCGUUGGAUAAGGAAAAGACUUGGCCUCCGAAACCCAAAAAUUUUUAAAAACACAAUUACAACUAUUUUAAACGAAGCCACAAAUGAAAUUGGGACAUCCCUUGCUGAUGUUAGAAUUUCCAGUGUCUAUGAAUCCUCUUACACCCAUAUGUUCCAGUCAGUUUAUGCUGAUGCCGUUUUGACUUCACUUGUGUCAGUUUGUUUGAUUUUUUUGAAAAGCUCUCAGGAAAAGGAUUAUAUGCAGGAGGAAAAAGAUUUUAAGUUUUGAAGGUAAUAUAAAUGCAGCGUUGAUUUUUAUAAGCAAGUCUAUGAAUUCGAAAUGCUACAAGAGGAUUUAUCAAAAAUUGAACUAGAUGGCACAUUAAUUAAUUAUUGUAAAAAAAUAUAGCGCUUUCCCGAGGAUGGCGCGGAAUGGCGCCAUCCUCGGGAAAGCCAGGAAGGCAUCCACACGGGAACUGGGAGUUCCACGUGUGGAUGCCAUUUUGACAUGUGAAAGUUUGGAUCCCACAUGUCAAAAAUGGCAUCCACACGUGGAACUCCCAGUUCCCGUGUGGAUGCUUAGUUGACUUUCCCGAGGAUGGCGCCAUUCCGCGCCAUCCUCGGGAAAGCGCUAUAUAUAUAGUUAUGAGAUUUCAUUGCAAAAUCGUAGAAUAUGCCCCACUGGUGUUCAGACAUUUGCGAAAUUUAGAAGGAAUAAAUGAUCAUGAUAUGAUUUCAUCAUUCCAUCCCAUAUUCAAUAUUUCAAUGAUCAAGAAAAACACAGGGAACAAAGGUGGGAGAAGCUCAGCAUUUUUUUAUUUUACACAUGACAAAAAAUAUAUAAUAAAAACUAUUACGAGAGAAGAAAAAAAAGUUUUGCUGGAAGUUUUGUUGAAAAAUUAUCACCAUCAUAUAGAAAAUCACCCAAAUUCUAUUAUAGCAAGAUUGUUAGGGUUUUUUUCAUUGAAAUUUCAAAACAGUCAUCUUCAAUUGAUCAUUAUGCAAAAUAUUUUCCCACCUAUGAAUUUAAAAGCAAUUUUCGAUAUGAAAGGAAGCAAACUUGACAGAGAAUCCAUUCAUGGACAGCAAGCAGACUCAUUAGCUGACCUCACUAAUGAUCUCAUUUAUAAAGAUCUUGAUUUCUUAAGAACCCAAAAGAAUUUAUAUGUAAGCUACAGUGAUAGCUUAGCUUUGAAGCAAAAGAUAUAUGAAGACUCAAAGUUAUUUUCAAAGCUAAAUAUUAUGGACUACUCCUUGCUGCUUGGGAUUGGCACUCCAACUCCUAGCAAUAGUAAGCAUUACUUAAAAUCUUCUGACAAAGAUAAAGAAAAUGCAUAUGUCGUUGGGAUCAUUGAUUAUUUGCAAACUUAUUCCCCCUGAAUAAUUGGAGUGAAUAUUUUCUAAUUUAAAAAUGGAGUUCAAAAAUUAUAUUAUACUUUUUUUUCAUAUAAAAUGAAUCCAAAAUAUUGAAUUUAAAUUUAUUAUUAAAAAAUUAAUCGAUUCAUUGUGGAAACUGUUCAAAUAAUAUUCUAUUUGCACUUUGUCCAUUAAGCUAGGUCUAUAAAAAUUAUCAUUUUUACCUAUAAAUUUUCAUGUCACCAAAAUACUUAUGCUUUCUUCCAAUUUAAAGGGAGGAAGCUAUAACAGCCUUAAAAAAAUCGAAACGAUAAGCAAAAGUAUUAUCAAACCAAACGUUGAAAAGGAGGAUAUUUCAUCAAUCAACAGUGAAGCUUAUAGCGCAAGGUUCUUAAAAUUUGUAAACUCAAUUAUUUCAUCUGAUUAA